AUAAUAGGUGCUAGUUUUUUUCUUUUAAGCUUAAUUAAUGAACACAAGGUUAUGACUGCUCCAAUCCCAACUUCUUCCACCACAGCAUGGGGCUGUGAUACAGUCACCCAGGGGCCCCCACCUCGCUCCGCCCUUCCCUAAACAGGACCUGGUUCUGGCUUUCUGAAGUUGCCUCAUUUCCUGGGAGGUGAGAGAGCAGGCCAAGCCCUGGUUCCUGCUUCCACUCCGGCCAAGACCUGCCCACGAUGGCACUGGUGCUGCUCCUCCAGCUGCUGAGCCUCUGGCGUCUGUGUCACACGUAUACCACUCCGACCGGCUUUUGGACAGAUAAGACCUCUUCUUUCUCUCAGUCUCCCCCUGCUACACUACAACCUCAGAUAAGAACCAGCUGGAGAACCGUUACUACCUUAGUCCCCCCAGCCUUAUACCCCAAGCCGCAGCUGGGGGCUCAGCCGGCCGCAGUUGUGACCCCUGGGGUCAACGUGACCUUGAGGUGCAGGGCGCCCCUACCUGCCUGGAGGUUUGAACUCUUCAAAUCUGGAGAGAUUGAGUCCAUCCUGCAACGGGAUGUGUUCCUGGAGCUGGCGGAGUUCUUCCUGGAGGAGGUGACCACGGAACAGGGAGGCAGUUACCGCUGCUGCUACAAGAAGCCAGGCUGGAGGCCGGGUGUCUGUUCCCAACUCAGUGAUGCCCUGGAACUGCUGGUGACAGACGAGCUACCAGCCCCGUCGCUGGUGGCGCUGCCCGGGCCGGUGGUGGCGCCCGGCGCCAACGUGAGCCUGCGCUGCGCCGGCGGCUGGCGGGGCAUGAGCUUCGCGCUGUACCGCGAGGGCGAGGCGGCGCCGGUGCAGUACCGCGACUCGCCGCAGCUCUGGGCCGACUUCCCGCUGCUCGGCGCCAGCGCCGCCGGCACCUACAGCUGCUACUACCACACGCCCUCCUCCCCCUACGUGCUGUCGCGGCGCAGCGAGCCGCUGGUCAUCAGCUUGGAGGGCUCCGGCUCCUUGGACUACACCCGGGGCAACCUCAUCCGCCUGGGACUGGCUGGCCUGGUCCUCAUCUCCCUGGGCACACUGGUCGUUUUCCACUGGCGCAGCCAGAGUCCUGCCCUUGGUAACGUUUGACCCUGAGGCCCAGAGAACUGGAUAUAGACGCCUGCAGCGUGAGAAGACUUCCCAGAGAGGGCAGAGAAGCAGCAGGGAGCCCUUGGGUUGGACUAGCCCUUCCAGGAGCCCCACAGCUCUCCCAACUGAGCCCAGCUUCCUGAGUACCAAUAACUUUUGUACCGUGCCCUCUAUCUUCCUUCUGGAUCAUUUCUCCAAGACUCCCUGGAUCAGUGGAAUGAGCUAUCAGUGGUUAAGGCUUCCUAUCCAGAAGACCUGGGUUCGAAUCCCAGUGCUGCUGCUCACUCACUGUGGGAUGUUAUGAAAGCGACCCUUCCAAACCUCAAUUACCUUGACUGUAAAAUGGGCGCACUGAUAAUACCCACUUUCUAGGAUUGUUGUAGGACUGAGUGCACAAUACACGUGAAGCGUUUUAAACAGUGACUGACCCAUAUGUAGCAAAUGCUCAAUAAAUGUUAGCUAUUGUAUAACA